UCGGGCCGGACGCCCCCCGCGUCGCGGCCUCUCCCUUCCCCAGGACCGCCCGUCCGCCCUACGAGACGGACCCCCUUUCCCUGUCCGUGGCCGGCCUCUUCCCCCACAGCCGACAUCCUUCCCUCCAUUCCAAGACUUGGACAGAUCUUCAUCGCCCUGUCCCUGGAGCGGAUCCGAACCUCCCUCCCCGCUUCCUAAGCCCGGGUCCAGGACUGACCCUCAUGCUCCUCCUCUCGGGCCGGGGCGCACUUUCCCUUCCUCUCUAUCCUGGGCCACAACGGCCCCUCUCCCUCCUCAUCCCGGUCCUGGACGGUGCCCUCCUACACUUCGUGGUCCCCAGCCCGCGGGCCCGGAUCAGACCCCCUACUACUUCUCCGUCUCCCCUCCCUGCACCAGGGAUGCCCCCUCAUUCCUCUCCUGCCCCCACCUCCAUUGUCCUGGGCCCGGAGUAGACCUCCCUCCGCACCCCAGAACAGACCCUCUCCCCACUUCCCCAGGUUCUGAGAGAACCCACAUUUCCCAAUCCCUGGGUCCAGGGCAGAUCCGUCCUUCCAUGUCCAGAGAGGAUCCUGAUGGAGCUGCCAACGGCCUCCCUUCCCGAACCAGGACUGACCCACACCUCGGCCCAGUUCGCGUCCCCUCCCUUGUCCCCAUCCUUGUCCCUUCCCCACCCACGUCCUCUGGAAUCCGGGACAGGUCCUCCGCCCGGCCCUUGGGGCGAGCGCGCCCGUGGCCAGCAGCCUCGGCGGGGCGGGAGGUGCGGCUCUCCAGCCGGCGCCCGCGCCCCUCCUAGCGCCGCGGGGUCGGGGUCCGGGCGGCGCGCCCCGUGCCUCGGCGGCUGCGCCAGUCGCACUGCGGGCGCUGCGUCCCCGCCGCCCGCCUGGGGCUCGUGUCCGCUGCAGGCGGAGCAGGGCCGGGCGCGCUCGGCGGGGGGUCAAGGCGCGGCGGUGUUCGGGAUCCCGGCGCAGGGUCCAUGGUGCAUCUGGACGUCGGAGGGUGGCACCCUGGGGCCGGCGCAGCGGGGAGACCCGGGCCCUGAGAUCUCGGGGGAGGGCACGGCGUGGGUGGGGUCACCGCGGCGACCAGGGGCGGGAGUGGGGCCAGGGCUGCGUCGGGUCAGCUCGGACGUCCGAGGCCACCGCGUUGCCGACCUACCCCUCCUCCCUCCGCUGGCCGCCUUUCUCCGUCCAGCGUCCGCGGCCGCCGCCUCCACCGUGGGUGAGCUGUCACGGCGGAGGUUUCCUGAAAUCCGUGCCUCGCGUGCGCCCAUUCCAGGAAGGCGGGAGAGGUCGGAUCCGCAGCUGCUUGCCCGGUUCUACUAUGCCGACGAGGAGCUGAACCAGGUGGCCGCGGAGCUGGACAGCCUGGAUGGGCGGAAGGACCCCCAGCGGUGCACGCUGCUGGUCAGCCAGUUCCGCUCCUGUCAGGAUAAUGUGUUGAACAUCAUUAACCAGAUCAUGGAUGAGUGCAUCCCCCAGGACCGCGCCCCCAGAGAUUUCUGCGUCAAGUUCCCUGAGGAGAUCCGGCAUGACAACCUGGCCGGCCAGCUGUGGUUCGGUGCCGAGUGCCUGGCCGCCGGCUCCAUCAUCAUGAACCGGGAGCUGGAGAGCAUGGCCAUGCGCCCGCUGGCCAAGGAGCUGACGCGCAGCCUGGAGGACGUGCGGGGCGCCCUCCGCGACCAGGCGCUGCGGGACCUGAACACCUACACAGAGAAGAUGAGGGAGGCGCUGAGGCACUUCGACGUCCUGUUCGCCGAGUUCGAGCUCAGCUACGUCUCGGCCAUGGUGCCUGUGAAGUCUCCCAGGGAGUACUAUGUGCAGCAGGAGGUCAUCGUGCUCUUCUGCGAGACGGUGGAGAGGGCCCUGGACUUCGGGUACCUGACCCAGGACAUGAUUGAUGACUACGAGCCGGCCCUCAUGUUCAGCAUCCCCAGGCUGGCCAUCGUGUGUGGCCUCGUGGUCUACGCGGACGGACCCCUGAACUUGGACCGCAAGGUGGAAGACAUGUCCGAGCUGUUCCGGCCCUUCCACACGUUGCUGCGGAAAAUCAGGGAUUUGCUGCAGACGCUGACGGAGGAGGAGCUGCACACGCUGGAACGGAACCUCUGCAUUUCCCAAGACGUGGAGUUCCCUAUCCGCGCAGACGUGCAAGGACCCGCUGCCCUGGCGCCCGCCCUCUCUGCCCCUCUCCCUCCUGAGGGGCCACUCUCAGCCAAGGCCAAAGACCCGGAUGCAGAGCUGGCCUGCUCCAUGCAGUACGACGACCAGGAGCUGGAGCAGCUCAGCCGCAUGGUCCACAGGGCAGGGGACGAGAUGUCCUCUUUGCUUUCACCGCCCAGCGCCUGCCAGUCCCCAGCGCACAGACCGGGAGCAGAGGGCAGCCCAGGCGGGGAGGCGUCUCCAGGUAGAGCGCGCCUGCGGUCGGGCAGUGACGAGGAGGAGCGCGUGUUCUUCAUGGAUGACGUGGAGGGGACGGCAGAAGCCCUGGCCAGGCCCGAGUCUCCAGGUGGCCCAUUUGGGUGGGCAGGCAGUACCCGGGCCGACCCCCAGGAGAAAGGGCAGGGUGGGCCAGGCGGAGCAGUGGGGGUCAGCGUGCCCGCCUCGGAAAAGGAGGACUUGAGCAACAACAACAACCUCGAGGGCGAGGGCACAGGUGGGGCCAGCCUCGCGGGCACCAGCUCCUGCAGCUGCCUCGACUCGCGGCUGCACCUGGACGGCUGGGAGGUGGGUGCGGAUGACGCAGAGACGGCUGAGAUGAUCGCCCACCGGACAGGGGGCAUGAAGCUCUCAGCCACGGUCAUCUUCAACCCCAAAUCGCCCACUUCCCUGGACUCUGCGGUCGCCACCCAGGAGGCCGCCUCAGAGCCCGUGGCCGAGGGGAUGGAUGGCGGCCCCCACAAGCUUAGCACUGCGGCCACCAACUGCCUUCUGCAUUCCUGCGUGUGCUGUGGGAGCUGCGGGGACAGCAGGGAGGACAUGGUGGAGCGUCUGCGGGAGAAGUGCAGCCCGGGAGGCGUCAUUGGUGCCUCGUACGCUGCCGGCUUAGCCAAGGCCAGCGACAGGGUCCCUGAGAGACAGGAGGAGGCGCCCCCGCCCUCAGAAGAUGCCUCCGACGGGCGGGAGCCCAAAGCCCCCACUUCCAACAAGUGCCUGCCUCACACCUCAGGUUCCCAGGUGGACACAGCGAGUGGGCUGCAAGGAGAGGCUGGGGUUGCAGGUCAGCAGGAGCCGGAGGCCAGAGAGCUGCGUGCUGGGAGUCCCUCGGCUCAUGAGGCGCCUCAGCCCCUGUCUGACUCCAGCCAGAACCUCCAGUAUAACGUUGAAUGAAAACAAUGAAACAGGAUGAUUCUGCCUUAUUCCAAGCAUUCAGUAUCUACUGUUAAGUGUGAUUUGAGCUGUAGGAUUUUCACAGAUGCCCUUCAUCUUCUAAAAUAAAAAAGGAGUUCUCUCCUAUUCCUAAUUUGCUAAGAGGUUUUUUGUUGUUUGUUUUUUUAUCAAGAACAGAUGUUGGAUUUUCUCAAAUGCUUUUUCUGCAUUCUUUGACAUAAUCACGUGGUUUUCCUGUUUAGCCUGUUAAUGUGAUAAGUCACAAUGAUUGAUGUUCAGAUGUUCGGCCAGCCUUGCAAUCCUGGGGCAAACUGUACAUGGUCAUGAGGUAUUAUCCUUUGAAUUUACUGUUGGCUUUGAUUUGCUAAACUGCAGGAGGAUUUUGCAUCUGUCUGAGAGGACUGUCAGGCAGCUGUCUUCUUGUCCUGCCUUUUUCUGGUGCAGGAGCAUGGCUGUCUAGGAUGAGUUGGGGAGUGCUCCUCCUUUUCAGGUUUCUGGAAGAGCUUGUGUAGCACUGGCAUUAUUUCUGCCUGAAAUGUGAGAUAGACUUCACCAGGGAAGCCAUCUGGGCCUGGAGUUUUCUUUGUGGGAAGAUUUUUGACUACAAAAUCAACGUCUUUCUAGCAGACUGUCUGUUGAAUUAUCAUCUUAUUCCGUGAAUGGAGUUUCUUUGCUGCAGUGUCAAGUAAUCCGUCGACCCCGCUCCAUCCUCCUGACAUCCCCUCGGAGGCACUGACUUGUUAUCAGGCCCUCGAUGACCUGACCUGGCCCUCGCCACAGCCCUGACCCUGCAAUCGGCUUCCCUCGUCCCUGCCAAACCAGGGGACCUGCUUCUGGAUCCCUUGUGCCCUUCUAUUCCUGUCCCUGCCUCCCCUUUGGCCUAGCGUUGCCCUAUGUUGUGGCCUCCUUCCCUGUCCCUUUGGCAUGGAGCCACCAUCGUUCAGCCCAUGGCUGCCUGGACAAAGCUGUAGGGGGCUUUGCCAGCUGGGUCUCACUGAGUCCCACAGCUGCCUUCAAGGUGGGCAUCUCCAUGUCUGUGGCAUUCCUGUUCACUUCAUGGCUGGGCCAUCCCUUCCAACCCAGCUCUCCGGCCGCCUGCAGGACCCAUCCCGGGGUUCAGGCUGUGCCUCUCAGACUCUGCAGCAUGGCGUCCUCCCAGCCCCCCAUGCCAUGUCCCAGAGCACCUGGAUGUGACUGAGGAGCCUGGUUGGGGGACGUGCUGGCUCUAGGCUAAGUGGAAAGGAGGUGGCACUGAGGGCUGGAAGGCAGUAAGGCCUGGGAGGACGUGCUGGAGCCCGGCCCAUUGAGACACUCACAUCCCUGACUCUCCCUGCAACUCCUGCCCUGCAGCCCGGCACCCUCUGCUCCCCACCCCAGCUCCUUGGCCCAGUGCAGCCCCAUGGACUGGCAGGUGGCUGUCCAGCCUCAGCCUCCUAGGGCACAGAUGCCCCACCAAGGCAGGGUUCGUGUCCUCCACCAGCCAGGCGUGUGGGGACUGGGAUGGGCAUCGGCAGGUGUUGGGGGGCUGCCAUUCUGGGAGGGCUCCAGGAGAAGGAGCUGGGCAGAGUCCAGGCCUGUAGUGCUGCCCCUUGAGGUGCGGCUCUCAGUUCCCGCUCUCCCGACCCCGGGGCCCCCACCCCUGUCCCUCAGGACAGGUCUCAGUGAGGCACACAGCAGUGUCUGAGGUGGAGACAGCGGGGACCCAGGGCCACUUCCGGCCCUACUCCCUGCUCCUGGCAGCAUCAGGGAGCCCGUCAAGGGGUGGAAGCGGGGGCUUUGGCUGGAGCGGAGCCUGCUUGGUAAGCAUUAGCCCCUCCUCAGGGAGCCUGGAAGGGGAUGGGGCCUCCCCGUGGCCUGAGGAGGUGAGAGGGUGCCAGCCUCCUGCUCCCAGUGGCUCCAGGAAGCAUCCUCAAGGGUCGUUUGCCUCUGCCCCGUGGGACCGGGAAAAUUCCAGGGGGAACAGCCCCUUCCCGAGAGCCAAGCAUCUCCUCCCACCUUCACUGAGCUGAAUGCAAGAGGAAGCAGGUUUCAACCGCGGUGAUGCUGCAGCCGGAGACCAGGACGCCGUCCUCAGCCGAGUUGUGGCGGCUUCUGUUCAGAGAGCUUUUUAAAGCAGCGAAAGCGCCUGCAAGGUGCGAGACGAGAAGGGCGACAGGAGCUCCUCCCGCUCGUGUGCCGGGCCAGGAGCACACGUGCAGGCACUCUUCGCUAAUCUGCAUUUCCGCAUUUUUUAGGGUGCACAUGUAUUGCUUCUGUAAUUACGAAGAAAAACAUAAAGAAUAGCUUCCCAGACCAUAAUAAUAGUGGGAUCUUUUCAAGAGCUGGGCCGUGUCUAGGCCUGGGCCUCACUGUGUCCCCAGAGCCCAGAUCUUGGCCAGGCAGGGCUGGGCCGGGAGGGAACAGAUUAUGGCCCCCACCCCUCCCCACCACUGCUCAGCCUGCGCUUGGACUUAACAGGGGACGCAAGGGGCCAGGUGAGCACCCAAGGCGAUGCCCGGCCCCUGGCCCAGCCCUGGCCUGGCCUUUGCCCCACAGUAGGAGAGGGGUGAGGCCGUCCCAGAGGAGCUGACUUCUUGAAGGACCUGGUGAGCCGUGGACGUCAGCAGCUGCUGUGGGGACAGGGGGCAGGUGCGGUCGUGUCCUGCUCUGCUGCACCUGCCCCUACGGCCCCAGCUUUUGGAGACAUCUCCUAGGGGCCAUCAGUGAGUAGCGUUGCAUCCUCACGAGAGGACGAAGCUGGAGAGGGCCGACAGACGGGAGCUGUCAGGGUAGCUACGGGAUCAUAGAGGGGUCACCAUGACGACUGGCAAAGUGGCCCUUGGGGCGUGCAACCUGCCUGUCUCACCAGGCACCAUUGCACCUGAUCCUCUGAAGGAUCACACUUUGGGAGGCCAAGAGUUUGAGACCCUGUUCUGUAGCUGAGGAGACCCUACGUCCUCGGAGGAGGCAGGCAGGCUUGUGGUCACACACCUUCCAGGUGGGAUGGGCCUGGGGACUGCAUGGCCAUCCCCAUAUGGGCUGCUGUCUCUGGGCUCCGGGUUGCCAGCAUGGGCAGCCUUGGCCCCUGAGGAGAUCUUGCACGAGUCCCCUGGGGCACAGCCUGGGGCCCCGGUGACUGGGGGGUGGCUCUGACCGGGCCUGUCAUCACGCUGCUGGCUGAGGCCUGGCCCUCUGUCAGUUGUUGAGCUGGGCUGGCCUCCGCGAGGACAGCGGCUCCCUGGGCCUGUCCACUGUCUGUCUGUGUCUGUCGUCCCCCUUAGCCUCUGCAGAGUAUCCCUGGGGUGAGCAGUACUGACCACAGCCUGGCUCUCCCCCGUGGGUGAUGAGGAUCGGGGGGCUCAGGGGAACUCAGGUUCGCCGAGUUCUUCUGGACACCACCAUGAUGACUGACCA